AUGUGCCAAACCAGCGACGGAAGUGAUUGCAGUGACACAACCACACCAUCCGAAGACACAUCACUGCCGGACCAAUCGCUACAUCAGGAGCUGAUCAGUCGUCGAGUCAUUGAAUCGGACCACUCGUACGACACGCAGAGAGUAGUCGUGAAGACUACCACUUCAGACAACAUAUACCGCAAUACAGGAGCCAUUGAGGGCCACAAGAGUACGGCUAACACAACCACAACGACAGCCCCUAAUAUCGAUCAAUACUUCAGUCUAUUUGAUCCAUUGAUGGAAUGUCUGGACUCAGAGCUCUUCGGUGGAGAUCUGCGGACAAUGGCGUACGAAGAGUUGGACGACUUGGCCUACGCCAACGCCCCGACGCCAUUCAUGGCGCCCAUGGAUGACCUCCAGGGCAUCGACGCCGAAGAUCUCUUCAAUUAUGACACCAACACAAUGGCCGCCACCGAUGGCAACAACAACCCAUCGGAGAUCGACUUUAACAACAUCUUCAGCGAUAAUGAGGUCACUGUUGUUGACACCAACAGUACACCCAUUGCCGCCCCAGUCGUCGCUGCCGUCACCGCUCCGUUCACUGCCACCGCCGCCGGGCGUCAGGCGAUUGUCAUCAAACAGGAGUCGAUGGACUACGAGUCCAGUCGCGAUCGCGUCAGCCGUAAGCGUCACAUCUCUUAUCCCGAGAGCCCGUACGUCGACGAAGAAGACGACGAUAACAGCAGCGGCGAUGAGUCGGUGGCGCCGGCGAAGGGUAAGGCAAAGGUUGGCCGCAAGCCGUCCAAAGGGGGCGACAAAUGUAUGUCUCGUAACGCAAUCGCCGCGCGAGAGAACCGCGAGAAGAAGAAGCGCGAGUCGGAGGACAUGAAGCGUCGGCUGAACGCCGCCGUCACCGACAAUAAGGCUCUGAAGGCGGACAACGAGAAGAUGUGCCGCGAGCUGAAGGAGUCCAACGCCGAGAAUGAAUACCUGCGCGCCAUUAUAGCCAACAGCACUCCCAUCGCCGCGUUUAUCAAACACAUCACAAACGCCCCGAGCGUUGAGCUGAUUGGCACCCAUUUCGUGGCCGCCACUAACGGCACCGACAGCUCCAGCGCUAAGAUGGCGGCAUUGGUUGACGACAAGAAUCAACGCAAGUCGAGCCGAAUCGCCGCUAAAGUGGUGGACACUGCGGGCAUAUGUCUGCAUAUGAACAACAAUAAGGUAUCGCUCGAGUUGUGCCACAAGUGCUCCGACGCGUCGAAGAAGCACCGAAAGGGCAAAUGA